AAGGAGCAUACUGGGUUUUUAGAAUUGGAAUAACAUAGGGGAGGGAACUGGGAUUGAAAAAGGAGGAAAAAAAGGUGAAGAAAGUAAGAAGCGGGAAAAAAGCGUGGGAAAAUAGUAGAAGGCAGAGAAGAAAGAAGAAUUCGGAAAAGGUUGAGAAAGCAGAGAAGGGGAAAGAAGGUUUGAAUAGUAUUGGUUUCACACAGCGAAGUUUGUUGGGUCGGAGUCGCUUAAGGCUGAGUCGGUGAAUAUUGAAAGUAAAUUAUGGCAAGUAGGAGCAAUGUCAAAACUCCAAAGAAGGUUGGGGACACUACAAAUUCGAGCUUUGCUUCUCUAGAAAAUAAUUGUUAUGAAGGAGAACGUCUCACCAAUCUAUUCCAAUCAAUCCGUAGAGAGAUCCGAUCUGCAAGAGAUUCAGAUGGAACUUCCUUGCCGGAGAAAAUAUGGUUAAAGCAACAAUUCUCCAUCGGGGUCAAUGAUGUAACUCGUGUCCUUGAGCGCAUGAAACCAUGCACUGAGUUAGAAAGGUCUGAUCAGCUCUUCCCUUUAAGAAGCACCAACAAUAAAGCUCCUUCAGUUAAGCUUCAGGCUGUGCUUGUAGCUUCUGAUUGUAACCCACGAUGGCUGACGAAGCAUCUACUAAGUUUGGCUUCAUCAAGGAGUGUGCCCCUUAUCUUUGUUAGAGAUAAUAAACACGGUUCCUUCAUAUUAGGUGAACUUGUUCGACUAAAAACUGCCAUUGCUAUCGGAAUUAAGGUUAAAGACAGCAGCAUAAAUAAAAUUAUCGAGGAGGUUGUUCAAAGCGAUAGAUUUGAACCUCCACCUGACGGUAAAAAUUGAGCAAGAAUAUUUUGAUGUUGAAGGGGGUUUCUAAGACCCUUUCAGGGAUGUAAUAUUUUGGUAGAGAUGUAUAUUGGAUUCAUAACCAAUAGUAUUGGCCUCACACUCUAGAGGUGUUGUUCUGUUUUUUCU